AAUGCUUUUUUAAUUUCUUUAUAUGAAAAAAAAAAAUCAAAAAAUCGAAGAAAAUAAAAAACCCAGAAAGAGCCCAAAAGAAAUAGACGCAGAGACAAAAAAGAAACAAACUUGUUCCUCCUUUAUUGUACGAUUCAGUUCAUCAUCAUCUCCGAUCUCCUCCUCCUCCUCCUCCUCCUCCUCCUCUGAUCUUCCAAAUCUCCGGCGAUGUACGUUAGAGCACUUCCGACGACGGAUGUGAAUCGGAACACGGAGUGGUUCACGUAUCCUGGUGUUUGGACUACUUAUAUUCUCAUCCUCUUCUUCUCUUGGCUCCUCGUUCUCUCCGUCUUCCAUUGUUCUCCUGGCAUCGCUUGGACCAUCGUUCACCUCGCUCAUUUCACCGUCACGUAUCAUUCGUUCCAUUGGAAGAAGGGAACACCGUUUGGAGAUGAUCAAGGAGUCUAUAAUAGGUUGACUUGGUGGGAACAGAUUGAUAAUGGCAAGCAGCUUACACGUAAUCGCAAGUUUCUCACCGUUGUUCCUGUUGUCUUGUACUUGAUAGCCUCUCACACAACAGACUAUCAGCACCCGAUGCUCUUUCUCAACACACUGGCCGUAUUUGUCAUGGUGGUCGCAAAAUUCCCACACAUGCACAAGGUCCGCAUAUUUGGAAUCAAUGGAGACCAAUGAAAACUUCUGAGAAAACAAAGAUAAAAGGUAUGUGUAUUAUGCGAGUCAGAGUAGUAGUUGGAAUGUGGAAUCCAAACGACAAGUGCCAUCAGUCAUUCAACGUGUCUGUACCCUUAGACAGACGUUGAAUCCCAACAAGAGAAAAAAUGUGUUAUUUGGUCUCCAUCCCAUCGCAUAAUCAAACCUUUUCUACUCUUUGUUUGGGGCUUCUAUUUAAUUCAUAUUUGAUCUCGUUUGUGGUCUCCUAGUUUCUUAUUUUGUGUAAUCCCGAAACCGGUUACAACAGAAGUUGUUUAGUGAGCAAUCUUAGGGUUUGAAUGAAUAGUUGGGGAAGAGAAAUUUAUAUACA